CAUCUUGUUCGUAGCUCGCUGUCUUCCCGGGUUCUAGUCUAGACAGAACGGAAUAUUCGUGUACGUCUCACUCAGGAAUGUUCAUGUUUAGAUAGCAGACAGGAGGGAAAGAGUGGUAAUGAGUUUUUAUGUGGAGAUCGUCACUCACUCCCAACACACGUGCGUUGCUUACAAGAAUCGAUGUUCACAGUUUUUAAGCCUGGUACCUAACAAUAUUCGUAUUCUGUGCUAAGUAAUAUGGAAACCUGCCCAAGUGAACCAUCUGACAGUGGCAGCCCAUUAAAAACCAUGGUUGACACUGCCGAAGCUGAGCAGCUUUUACGCCAAGGGCUUGGCAAGAGAAUGGUUCGAGGAGACGGAAUCAACAGGAGCACUGCGGUUUCUGGAGACUCAGACAUGUUGAGUGGAGGAAUUCAUCACUAUGAACAAAUCACCCAGAGUGCUCAAUCUCAGAGACUUAAAAGGUUCCUGACCACCACCGUCAUGCCAGUAUUUCUCUUAGCAUUUACCCCCAACCUAGUGGUCAUCAUCUGGUACACAGUCAUUCACUGUGAGGGCAGUUACCUCAAGAUGCUGUCUGUCUUCUCACACCGCUCCAUUCUUUCAGGACUGUCAGACAUGUGGAGCCUAAUGAACUAUCCGUCUCCUGUGGUCAUUUGGACAUUAGUUAUUUAUUGUGUUUAUGCUCUAGCCAUGAUGAAGCUAUUACCCGGUGAAAAUGUAACUGGUCCAGUCACCCCAAAAGGAAAUGUUCCAGUGUACAAAGAUAAUGGGUUUAUUUAUUUUGUUGUUACUAUUUGUCUUUUCUGGGUGCUGACUAUCUGUUUACACCCCUUUGGUAUUUCUCCAUCAAUUCUAUAUGAUAAAUUUGAUGAGGUUAUUUAUGCCCUGAAUGCAUUUAGUCUGAUAUUUUGUGCAUUCCUUUAUAUUAAAGGAUUGUUAACUCCAUCAUCAACUGACUCUGGAUCAUCUGGAAACAUAAUUUUUGAUUAUUAUUGGGGCAUGGAGCUCUAUCCCAGGGUUCUAGGCUUUGACAUCAAAGUAUUUACUAACUGUAGAUUUGGUAUGAUGGUCUGGGCACUUCUAGUCUGCAUACACUCUGUCAAAAGUUUUGAACUGUAUGGAUUUGUUGACUCCAUGUUUGUUUCAGCUUUCUUGCAAAUCAUGUACAUUACCAAAUUUUUUUGGUGGGAGUCAGGCUACAUGAGAACCAUUGAUAUUAUGCUGGAUCGGGCUGGCUAUUAUAUAUGUUGGGGUUGCCUGGUCUAUGUGCCUAGUCUCUAUGCCUCUGUGACAUUUUAUUUAGUAAGUCAUCCUAUACAUCUUGGCCCUGUCGUUACUACCAUUUUCCUAUUUCUUGGUGCACUCAACAUAUAUAUCAAUUAUGCUGCAGAUGUGCAAAAGCAGGAAGUGCGAGGUGCCAACGGAAAUUGUUUGAUCUGGGGAAGAAAACCUGAAAUCAUUAGGGCUAAGUACCAGCUAGAAAAUGGGGAUGAAAAAGAAAGCAUUCUGUUGGCCUCGGGAUGGUGGGGCUUGUCUCGACAUUUUCACUAUAUACCUGAAAUUAUGCUUGCUUUCUUCUGGUCAGCUCCAGCCCUCUUCGACAAUAUCAUGCCCUAUUCAUAUGUCAUUUGGCUCUUUAUUUUGCUCACACAUCGCAGCUACCGAGAUGACACAAAAUGCAACAAGAAGUAUGGCCUUUUUUGGCAUCAGUAUUGUAAGAAAGUACCUCACAAAAUUGUACCCUAUUUGUUCUAAAGUCUGGUGCAAUACGUGUAUUUAUUGAGUUGUAUCUUGAAGUGAAAACUUGUAUUGGCAAUUUAAACACAUGAAGGGUAGUAAGAAGUGGUAACUUUGCACUCAUACCAAAUGACUUCUUCCAUAUUCUCCAAAGAUACUCAAGUUUGUUUUUUUUUGAACUGCUUUAAUAUUAUGUGUACAAUUGACAGGGGGACAAUCAGCACUUAUAUAUAUAUAUAUAUAUAUAUGAAUUGAUAUUUUAUUGUUUCAUAUGUUCUCCAGUUUUAUAGCUUUACUUUAUUUUGUACCGUACAAGUUGGUUUUUUUUUAUAUUGAAAGAAUAUCACAUUUUAAUACUAAAUGUAGUCUGUGUUGCAGUAAUUGAAUAUUGUCAAUGUGUAACCACAACUGCAUAAUUGUUCUGUUUCUUGGUUGUCAUUUUGUAUUUAUUGUGAGGAUGUUACUGAACUAAAUAAGUGCUUGGUUCGACUUGCUGAUAUUGUACUGCAAGUAAAAAAAAAAAUUCUAGUCAUACUAUUCAACUACAAUGAUACUGAUGUAAAGAAUGAUAAUGCUAAAUGCAAGGAGUAAAAACUUUAUUGUAUGAGAAUUACUAAACAUUAAAAUAGAGUUAGGCCAACUAAAAACAUGAACAUACUUGAUUUUGUUUAUUUUUUGGUACCCGGUACUGGUAGCUUGAAAUUCUGAUUUCCAAUCAUUUUCUUGCAUACAAAAUUUUAAAAAGCAGCUUUUAGAAAGUUUAAAUCUUCAGUUCUGAAAUGUCAAGGUUUCAGCAAUAGGUAUAUGUACAGGUCUGUCGGAAACCACUUUGAGAAAUGGAUGUUAUUAUGCAGCGUUUGUUAAGAGGCUAGUUGGUUUUAUCUUGUAAGCUUUUAUAUUUACCAACACCGGUAUUUUAAAUCAAUAGUAAGAGACAAAUAAUACAAAUUGAACUACAUGGUAUCAUAGAUAUGUGAAUCAAAUCCAUAAUGAAUUACCAUAAUUAUGAAUUUUAUUGCCUAUUUUAAAGCUAGUACAGGUAUUUGUAAUCUUCAUUGCAGUUUGGUAAAAUUUUGUUGGCUUGGCUAAUCCAAUGAUAUCUUAAGAAAGUUUUCUGUCAAUUCAUUAUGCACUGGCUUUAAGUAUAGGUUUGCGUGUGUAUAUAAAUGUUCUGUAGAAAUAAAUAAUGCUCAUAUUUUUUUGUACAAACUAAACACAAAAACAUGUUGAAUGUACCAGUAUACAUUUUUUGUUUUUAAUUUUUUUGACUUAGUUACACAAACAAGAUGUAAUAUUUGAGUUUUGUGACAAAGUUCAUUUGAACACUUCCAAUUGAAUAAAAGUUGUCUUUGACUUGUUCUUA